AUGGACUCCCUCAUCGCCAAGGCCGAUGCUAUUCGGCCGGUCACGAAGAAACGCAAGCUCGAGCGAUCGAGCAGAGGGAAAGCCGGACCUUCGAGCCGUACAGGCAAAGCCUUUGACAAGACCGCGUCUUCCAUCGCCCACAACACUGUGGUGCCCAAGUCACUGCGAGCGACGGAUCCUCCGCCCGAAGGCACUCGGACUUACAAGCACAUACAAAACAGGAAGCUUAGGACAGAGCUGACUCGCCAAUCAACCCACGCGGCGCGGGCGAAGGAACUGCUGAAGGAUGCGGAGCUGCUAUUGCAGGAUGAGGCGGGGGGAAUUCAGGUGGAAGACGAGAUGGAGAGGACAUGGAGGCUGGGUCAGACCGACAUCACGUCUGGGGCUGGAGAAGAGAGCGCGAAAGGAAGGAAAGAGUGGAGGCUCGACGCUGGUCCGUAUCGGUGUCGGUAUACCCGCAAUGGGAGACACCUCGCGAUAGUCGGGAAUAAGGGACAUGUGUCCACGUUCGACUGGCAAACGGGGACCAUGCAUUCAGAAUUGCAUCUCCAGGAAACAUGUCGGGAUAUAACAUUUCUGCAUGACCACUCUCAUUACGCCGUUGCGCAGAAGAAGUAUGUCUUCAUCUACGACAGGGACGGCGUCGAACUUCACCGCCUGAAAUCACACGUUGAGCCUACUCGACUCGAGUUCCUUCCUUACCACUGGUUGCUUGCGAGCGUCGGCAACACCGGCUACCUCAAGUACCAAGACACUUCCACCGGCCAGCUCUUGGUCGAGCACCGCACCAAGCUCGGCGCGUGCAACGUCAUGACCCAAAAUACGCACAACGCCGUCAUUCACCUCGGACACCAGAAUGGUACCGUCACGCUCUGGACGCCGAACCUGCCGCACCCGGCGGUGCGCCUGCUCGCGCAUCUCGGCCCGCUCUCGAGCGUCUCCGUCGACCCAAGCACCGGCGGGCGAUAUAUGGCCACCGCGGGCAAAGAUGGGACGGUCAAGGUCUGGGACUGUCGGAACUGGAAGGGUGAAGUGCGGAGCUGGACGGCGCGCGGGGGCGAGGCGGACGUGGCGUGGAGCCAGCGGGGCAUGCUCGCCGUCACAUCCGGCGGGACAGUCAACGUGUAUAACAAGCCGUCGAUCCAGACGCCGUUCAAGGGCGUGACACAGCCGCCCCUAUACCUUACGCAUCCUAUACCGCACCGACCCUUAACCUCUACCCGAUUUUGCCCGUUUCAGGACAUCCUCACCGUCGGCCACGCGGCGGGGCUAUCCAGCAUUCUCGUCCCCGGCAGCGGCGAGCCUAACUUUGACAGCGCGGAGGCCGAUCCGUUCGAGAACAGGCAGGCGAGACGGGAGCGCGAAGUCCGCAGCCUGCUCGACAAGAUCCAACCCGACGCGAUCACGCUCGAUCCCGAGUUCAUCGGCACGCUCGCGCCGCCGACUAAGCUUACCACGGCGGUCAACGGCAAGGUCGACACGCCCUACGCCCGUCUUCCGCGGUUAGAGCGUCUUCGAGUGUCCGGAAAAGCGGACGAGACGGAGGCGGCCGGUUCCUCUGAAGAGGAGGCGGACGAGGGCGACGGGAACAAGGAUGAGCACGCGAGGGAAUCCAAGGCCACGAAGGAGAAGAAGAAGAUGCGGGGUAAGAACAAGAGCCUCAAGCGCUACCUCCGCAAGCACCGGAAGAACGUUAUAGAUCCUCAAACGGUCGCGGUACGGGCCAAGUUGGAGAGGGAGAAGGAGGAGAGGAGGCAGGCGCGUGCUAUCGCGAGCGGCCAGGAGCAACCCAAAAAGCCGUCUGCUCUCGACCGAUUCAAAAAGAACAAAACAUAA